UGGAGAAAACACACCGGGGUGAAUGUAACGAGGAAGCGCAGGUGAAAAUGGACGUAACGAGAACCACUGGCAAAGCAGGAAAAUGUGAACGUAUGGAUAGACCCGUUGUCCCUCGAGGUUGUUCAGUGUCGUCAGUUCGAUCCGGUCACUGGGCCAUUCAGCAUGAACCGACGCAAGGAUGAAACGCAGUCGAUUUACACGGUCACCAGCCACAAGAACUUGGUACCGAUAAGAUCCAGACACGCCUGCUUGAAGAGACGGAGACAAGUACCGAAUUUGUUGGUGAUUAUGAUGUUUGUUUUGAUGGCGCUCUUAUUGAUGAUGACUCUACUCUUCGCGAUACUGUACGCCACGAGGAAGCAGACGAAGUUGUGCGAAACGGAGAGCUGCGUUCGUAUAGCGGCUAGUUUGAAAGAAUCUAUGGAUACGUCUGUAGACCCUUGCGACGAUUUCUAUACGUACGUAUGUGGAAAAUGGCCAGACGAGCAUCCUAUACCGGACAACAGCUUAACAAAUUCAUGGUUCGAGGAGCGUAGAGAUCGCGUGUACAGGAAAAUCAGGGAGCUGUUACGGGAUAAUGUCACGAACCACAAUGCACCCUGGGCAGUGACACAAGCGAAAAUAUUGUUCGCUAGCUGCAUGGACGUGCACUCCGUGGACGAAUUAGGGCUGGCGCCGAUGUUCGAUUUACUGGAGGAACUCAAUUUACCCUCGAUUCCCGCGGCAUUCACCAAGAAGACCACCGAUUACAUUGACCAGAUGGCCAGGGUGAAAAAAAUUCUAGGAAGGGACAUCUUUUUCGGUUUCGACAUUAUCCCCGACCCACGAAACACCAGUAAUAACAUCAUGCUAUUGGACACGCCGAUCACGAGCAGUCCACUGCCCAAUGACAAGGAGCUGGAGAAGCGGCUGCACUCCAUCAGAUCACGUUUCCGGAAGUUGGAAGACGAGAUGGAGGACGAACUGACGAGCUCUUUGAAGAAAGCAGAGUUGAGAUACAUGUCCGACAUUAUUAAACAGGUCGUCAAUAAUGGUACCCUCGAUACUUGUUCUUUGAGCAACGCGUCGUUUCCUGAGGAGGACGAGUUGAAGGAGGUUGUGGAGACCAUUUAUGAACUCAGCAGCACUUUUUAUUAUUUGUCUCGUCUGGAGAAUAAUGAAAGUAUAUGGGACGCUGACCCGACUGAUAAUGACUAUAUGCUAGUGGAGGAUCUGCAGAAGAUGACUGAUGAGUAUGUGACGGAGGUGAACUCGACUUUGACGCCUAAACCACUGUGGAAACCUUUUAUCGAGUCAGUGUUCAAGGAUAUCGAGGUUCUGGAUUUGAGUCGGAAGGACAAGGUUUUGGUUGGGGAUUUGGAGUACUUGAAGGAGGUUGCUUUGAUGCUGACUCUCAGCGAGGAGGAGGAACUAGAAACCUACAUUUGGUGGGUGAUCGUAGACAUCGUAGUGCCGCACUCCUCCACCGGCCUAAGAAAAAUUUGGACCAACUACAUCAACGAGAUGACCAGCAUCGAAAUCGGUGAAUCGAAGUCCAUGCUCUGCGCUUCCGCCGUGAACGACUUGAUGGGUAUGGCGGUUUCGUGGUUGUUCGUGGACCCUCUGUUCCACGAGGGCAAGGGUAAAAAGGUGUUCGAAAUGCUGGACGAUAUAAAAGAGGCUUUCGCGUCGAUGGUUCUGCGAACCGACUGGAUGGACAUGCAAACGAAAACUGCGACUUUGGAGAAGAACAGGAAAAUGGAGUCUCAGAUUGGGUUUCCGGAGUGGUUGUUCGAUGAGAAGAUCCUUAACGACUACUAUGAAGGCAUAGACCUCUCAGAGACGGAAUAUUUGGGCAACAUGGUGCAAGUUGUACGUUUGAUGGCUCUUUCGGAAUUGGACUGCAUACACGAUAUUAAUUACAACAAUGAAUCAUACUGGGCGACCGAUCCAACCGACGUAAACGCGUUCCACACCUUCCAGUUUAAUCACAUAACUAUACCUGCAGGAAUCCUUCAGUUCCCAUUUUACGAAUUGGGUUUGGAAUCCCUGAAUUAUGGCGCUAUAGGCACGGUUCUGGGUCACGAAUUGACUCACGGAUUCGAUAACAGUGGGAGACAUUACGAUAGCGAUGGGAAUGUUAGACAGUGGUGGACGAAUGAGACUAUUUUGCGGUAUACUGAGAAGACAGAGUGCUUUGUGGAACAUUAUAACAAGUAUUAUGAAGCUGAGGUAGACGAUUACAUCGACGGGGAACGUACGCUGGGCGAAAAUAUAGCCGAUAAUGGGGGUCUCAGAGAGGCUGUCAUCGCUUACGAAAGAUGGAAGGCCAGACACGGCCAAGAGCCUCUACUUCCUGGAUUCACUCAUCUCACAUCUGAGCAGCUUGUUUUUCUCGGCUUCGCCCACCUAUGGUGCGAAUCGUAUACGCCUAAAUCUCUCAAAUGGAUCCUGCUGGAUUCUCACUGUCCCGGACACGUGAGACUUCAAGGAGUUCUCAAGAAUUCCAAAGAGUUCAGCGAAGUAUGGAAAUGCCCUGUCGGGUCGAAAAUGAACCCCCCGAAUAAGUGUCACGUGUGGUAACAGUGUUGCUUCAGAAUUUAUUUUUUCCGACGUUUGCCACAUCUUCCUUCUUACACUGCAUCGCCUGAAGAUUUAUGACACGAUACAAUAAAAUAUUUUAUACAUUUUCUACAGUACUGUGUCAUUUGAUACGAUUUCAUGACAUGAAAGCGUCGAAUUCAUCUGAAGUUGUGGCACAUUAAUUUAAGGAAGUGACUACAUAAUCUGCUCAUCGACAAACUCCACAACAGUAAAAAAAAUGAUGAUUUAUUGGAACAAAUAAUGGACCAAGCUUAACGUAACCUAACCUAACCAUGCAUUAGUCUUUUA